CAAAGAUGGCGACCACGGCGGGGGAAGCAGCGUGAUCUGCUGGAGCAGUAGCAACACGAACUCGAGUAGCACUCCGAGACCAGCGAUUAGAAAUCAUGGCGAGUAUGGCACAGUAAGCGAGAGUCUGCGAGAGCACUCAGGUGGCACACAAAAGCGCUUUGCUCUUACAAAGAGAGACAGAAGUGGUGUCGGUGAGAGGGAUCAGAACCGGGAGCAUGGCUGCGCACACCAACCAGUACAUCUUUGGGGAGUUCAGCCCGGACGAGUUUAAUCAGUUUUUUGUGACUCCCCGAUGUUAUGUUGAGCUUCCACCCUUCAAUGACAAAGUCCCCUGUGUCAGUCAUAACUCAGGAGGUUACUGCACUCUUGAUGUGCCGUACAUUACGGAAUCAAUGAGACGGCAGGUUUGCGGAGAAGACUACCAACACAUUGAGUUUGGUGUGGACGAGGUGAUGAGUUCAGAGUCGGUGGCGGUGAAGGACUCUCUCUACAAAGUGUCCAGCACUUUAAACCCACAGGCUCCUGAAUUCAUCCUGGGAUGCCAGCCGGCUCAGAAGGCACUGCAGGCCGCCGCCCCGAUUGGCAGCGUUUCACACAAUGCCGAUUUUAAUUCGGUGGAUUGUGCUGACUCUGAGCCUUUGGCCCUGGACAGCCAGCAGGCAUGUUCUGACAUAGACGGUGUCUCUAGCGGCCUUGGCCAGAGAGAGCGCAAGAAAAAGAAAAAACGACCUCCGGGAUACUACAACUAUCUGGAGGGCAGCGAUGGCGGCGGUACAGUUGACGGAGUGACGGGCACUGGCCUAGUAAACGGACACGCCCUGAGCACUUCAGCCCUCAUGUCAGAGGACAUGGGCAAUGAGGUCCUGCCAGAUACUGACCUAACUCCUUCCACACUUGCUUCCACCCCAUCCACAGCUCACUCUGCCCCACCUGCCAAUCAGAGGACUUGUGACAGCCCUGAUGAAUCCUCUUUGGACUUGACAAGCGGAGCUGCAUCCUUAUCGGAGUGUAAUGCUGCGUCUUCUUCCUCUUCUUCCUCCUCCCAAAGCGGUGCCCUGGCUGACAGGGCCAGGACUGCAGAGCAGCAUACUGAGCCCUCUGCUCUAGAGAGCCCUGAACUGCAGGGCAGUGGUGGAAACAGCCCCUGCCCGACCUCCCCACCUCCUCCUCGUUCUACUGCUGUGGUCAUCGCUGCUUCUGCUACUACUGAUGAGGACGUGCACCAGGCCAACGGUAUUUCAGAGCCGGUGUCAGCCAACAGACUUAAGCUGGCCGAUGUCCAGUCAGACACUGCUCUGGCUCCUCACUCCUCAGACUCUGAUGUCCAAGCACCUUCACUCGUUCCUGCCACAGCGUCUGUACCGAACGCACCCAAAUCCUGGGCUAGUCUCUUCCACAAGUCCAAGCCUUUGCCUGGAGGCCCUCAGGCGUAUGUGGAGGUGAAGGCUGCACCUGUCACAGUGCCUGUGGCGGCUCCUGCGUCCGAGCUGCCUGAGAAAGCAUGCGACGUGAGAGAGAGCCCAGUUCCUGUCUCUGAGGACCCCAUGGCCCCAAAACUGGCAGAACUUAUCGAGAAUGUGAAACUGAUACACAAGCCGGUAUCUUUGCAACCAAGAGGACUGGUCAACAAAGGAAACUGGUGUUAUAUCAAUGCUAUUCUGCAGGCACUGAUAGCGUGCCCCCCAAUGUACCACCUGAUGAAGUCUAUUCCCAUCUUUAAUGAGACGCACAGACCCUGCACCUCCACCCCCAUGAUGGACAACUUCGUUCGACUCGUGAAUGAAUUCAGCAACAUGCCCGUGCCCUCAAAAGCCAAACAGCAAGCUGCUGGUGAAAAGACAACAAAAGAUGUCAGACCAGGUGCCCCCUUUGAGCCCACAUAUAUCUACAAACUCCUCACGCUCAUUAAAUCCAGCAUGUCAGAAAAAGGUCGACAAGAAGAUGCGGAGGAGUACUUGGGCUUCACCUUGAACGGGCUGCACGAGGAGAUGCUGGCACUGAAAAAGCUCAUCUCUCCACCUGAAGAAACAGAAGUGUCUACACCUAAUGGCCCGGGCUCACACGUGCCCCCUGAGGACCCUGCUAACAAAGAUGAGGAGAACGAAGAGGGCAGCGAUGAUGAGUGGGAGCAAGUUGGACCCAGGAACAAAACCUCAAUCACUCGGCAGGCAGAUUUCAUCCGCACGCCCAUCACAGACAUUUUCGGAGGGCACAUUCGAUCGGUGGUGUACCAGCAGAGCUCGAAAGAAUCGGCUACUCUUCAGCCAUUUUUCACCCUGCAGCUGGACAUCCAGUCAGAGAAAAUCCGCACAGUGCAGGAGGCCCUGGAGACCAUGGUGGCACGCGAGUCUGUUCAGGGCUACACCACUAAAACCAAGCAGGAGAUUGAGAUCAGCCGGAGAGUGACUCUAGAAGAGCUCCCCCCUGUGCUGGUGCUUCACCUCAAAAGGUUUGUCUUUGAGAAGACUGGCGGCUGUCAGAAGCUGAUCAAGAACGUUGAUUACCCUGUGGACCUGGAGAUUAGUAAAGAUCUUCUCUCUCCAGGGGUGCGCAGCAAAACUUUGAAAGGCCAAAGAACCUACAGGCUCUUUGCAGUCGUCUAUCACCAUGGGAACAGUGCCACCGGCGGCCACUACACUACGGAUGUCUUCCACAUCGGGCUGAACGGCUGGCUGCGCAUCGACGACCAGGCGGUGAAAGUGAUCAACCAGUUCCAUGUGAUGAAGCAGACUGCAGAGCGCACCGCCUACCUGCUUUACUACCGUCGCGUCGACCUGAUGUAGAACCCACAACACACUCAUGCAUACAUGAACACACACUUUCUAAUGCAACACUCACUCACACACACACACACACACACACCAACACACACUUCAACAGAACACUGCCCAGCUUCUUCUCUUGUGAGAUUUUCCUCCUUCCCAUCAUCCUUCGCUUUUCCAGAGAGCCAGCUUUUUCACUUUUUUCUUUUUGUUUUUGAUUUUUCUUUUGCUCUUAUUUUUGAUUUGGAAGAGGAGGACAAACAGACCCUCUUGAGGUGGUGCCCUCUCCUCUGCGUAUGGCUAUGUCUAAAGACGAGGAAGAAGGACUUAGUGGAUGGCGGGUUCACUAUGGACAGUAUGAACCGGAGACACUUCAAUACUCGC